UGUAAAUCUAGUUUAUUUUAUACGUUUAUGUACUAUCUAAGCUAAACUUUUUUUAACGUUUUCCUUGAUAUUCUUGCACGUCGCAACUGUAUGUUGAGGAUGAGAUUCACUCACAUUCACCUUUUGAGCAUCAACAUGCCCUACAUUCGCACUGUCGUAAGUGGGGCAGUCCGCAUCACUUACUUUCCCAUAGCUCGUUCGAUCGUCUUGGUCAUACUUUUAUCACGGCAACUCAACUUUCAACUGGUCAACCCAACAGGAUCUACUUUACCAUGCGCCUAACUACCAUAUCAUUGCUCGCCUGUCUUCUGGCAAUCACCUUUGCCUGCCCUUCGCUGUUCGACAAUCCAGUCUUGGUUAGUAAUGACACAUACUUGUCUGCAGCGCUUGAGAAGCAGGUUGGCGAGCAUGACCAACUUAGACAAAGGUGGGUAGACGCCGUUGACACUGUCACCACUUUAGACAGGAAUCGCUUCUAUAAGCGCUGGCCCAAAGAUCCUAUCAGCAAUACUCACCUCAUCUGGUACUGUUACGAGGAUGAGUCAACGCAUGCAGAGAUGGCCACUACAGUCGACCAAGCGCUCAAGCUGUGGUACGACAAGAUCAAUGGCCCUGGUGCCGAUAGUGGCCACGCUUUGGAAGUUAGAGACGGUACAGAUCUUGCCUCUGAGCAGCCUUGGUGCCGUCUCCAGCCCCCUCACCCAAAUGCGUACAAUUGGGAUAGUAACUGGAACCCAAAACACAGCCCCACUACGGUUGUGAUUCGAAAAGGAAAGCCCCACGGUAUCGGAGCUGUCGCGAGUACGGGUUACAAUCCAGAAGCCACAGGAGGCGAUCAUUAUGUGGUUGUCGAUCUGUCCAAGUACCAUCCCUCUCACUGGGCCAGUUCAAUCGCACAUGAGUUUGGACAUGUCUUCGGGCUUUCACAUGAACAUCAGCGCAAAGAUCGCGACAAGUAUUACCACUUUGAGUGCAAGAACGUCGGCAACUACGACCAGGUCAAGGAACAGGUCAAACAACACAAAAGCCCAGUCAGAUACAGUAUGGCCGAUGUCUGCAAAAGCGCCAUGCUUGGUUUCUCCUACAACAACUUCGCUGCAACGGAGUUUUCGAAAGAGAAUAGGAUCGAUGAAGACGGUAUCGAAGAAUUCACGCUCGACGGACCAUCCGACCCUCAGUCCAUCAUGCUCUACUCAAGCGCCGCAUACAUGAAGGCAGAGGGGAACUGGAAGGAUUGGAAAGACGCGGUUCUUGUCAAAUGGAAGCCUGCAUUUGCAGGGGAGAGCCACCCCAGAGAACGCACCCAAGACAACUGCGACAUCAUCUAUGCGAACACGUUGGUAUCCAAUGGAGAUAUGGAGUACAUCAAGAUCGUAUACCCGUGGGUCUGAUAGACAUACACUGACUCUUCCGAUUCUCUCCAGACUUCUGAGGUAAAAGAUUCCUCUUUACACAUCAUAAGUAAAUUCACAGGCAUUAGAUACCUGGAUAGUUU